AACAAACAAUCCCAAACACAAUGCGUUUCAAUUUGUCAGAUUCCAACAACAAAUAAACAACAAAUAGGGUGCACUUCAGCACCCAACAAAACCACUGUUAACCCCCAAAGGUCAAUACACAUCGGCGGCUCCUCCUCACCAACCACCACGCUCUCUGCAACUAAAAAUGGCGAUUUGUCAUCACCAUCAACCUUCAUUCACCAUCCCUUCUUCUUUCCCAUUCACUACUAAUCUUUCAAACAAAUCCCAACUUCAUCUCCCAUCGUCUUUCCGCUGCAAUCUAUCCGUCACUACAAAUCUCGAACCCGAACCCGUUUACACCGCCGUCAAGUCAUUCGCCCCCGCCACCGUAGCCAACCUCGGCCCUGGGUUUGACUUUCUCGGUUGCGCAGUCGACGGGAUCGGAGACUAUGUCACCCUCAAAAUCGACCCCCAAGUUCACCCUGGCGAGGUCUCAAUCACCGAAAUCACCGGAACCGGCAACUCCGCCAAUAAGCUCAGCAAAAACCCUAUCUGGAAUUGCGCUGGGAUUGCUGCCAUUUCUGUCAUGAAGAUGCUCAACAUCCGAUCCGUCGGCCUCUCUCUAUCUCUAGAAAAGGGUCUCCCCCUCGGAAGCGGUCUCGGUUCCAGCGCCGCUAGUGCCGCCGCCGCGGCAAUCGCCGUUAAUGAGAUUUUUGGUGGAAAGUUACCUGCAUUGGAUUUAGUCCUCGCAGGGCUUGAAUCGGAAGCUAAAGUAUCCGGAUACCACGCUGAUAACAUUGCGCCGGCAAUCAUGGGUGGUUUCGUUCUCGUUCGGAGCUACGAUCCUUUAGAGCUGAUUCCGUUGCAGUUUCCGGUCGACAAAAACCUCUAUUUCGUCUUGGUGAAUCCGGAAUUCGAAGCGCCGACGAAGAAGAUGAGGGCGGCGUUACCAAAAGAGAUAACAAUGUCGCACCAUGUAUGGAACAGUAGUCAAGCAGGUGCCUUGGUGGCGGCGGUGUUGCAGGGGGAUUUGAAGGGGUUUGGAAAGGCGUUGUCUUCUGAUAAGAUAGUGGAACCGAGGAGGGCGCCAUUGAUUCCGGGAAUGGAUGCUGUGAAGAAGGCUGCACUUGAGGCAGGGGCUUAUGGGUGUACGAUCAGUGGAGCAGGGCCAACUGCGGUGGCUGUUACAGAUAACGAGGAAAAAGGGAGGGAGAUUGGGGAGAAGAUGGUGGAAGCUUUCAUGGCGGAAGGAAAUUUGAAAGCUGUGGCUAUGGUGAAGCAAUUGGACAGAGUUGGUGCUAGACUUGUUAGUAGCAUUUCCAGAUAAUUAUGAAGAUGAAAUCAUUGAAUCAUGAUAAUGGGUAAGCUUUCUGAGUUUGUUGAUGAAAUAAAAAUUGGCUAUUUUUAAGAACUUUGGUCUAUGGCUCAGAAGCUAAUCUUGAAUGUUGAAAAGUUUGUAUUUUUUUGAUUUCUUUGAUGAUUGUGUGACGAUUGGUUAAGUUUGCCUACGAAAUUAGCAAAGAAUUUUCACUAUUGCAACA